AAAGAAUAAUCAAAGGAAAGAGUGACUGGAAGACAUUUUGGAUGAAUUGAAACGUUUUUCUUUUAUCUUAUGAACGUUUGUGAAGGAUCCAGUGAUAGUGUGAAAGUCAAACUUGUGAUUUAGAGCUAACCCCGUCCCGCCCCGCCGCCUAGCGGACAUGCAUUUAGUUGGAACUACCUGCAAUGUCAGUGCAUUACAAGUUCAAGUCAGCUUUGACUUACGACACGAUCACGUUUGACGGACUCCACAUUUCUGUCAAAGACUUGAAAAAGGCUAUUCUCCAGCAAAAGCAAAUCGGAAAGACCAUUGAUUUUGAUUUGCAAAUAACUAAUGCACAAACCAAUGAAGUCUAUGUCGAUGAGGGUGCAUUGAUACCAAAGAAUUCGUCGCUGAUUAUCGUUCGAGUACCAUUGACUGCUCAUCAGAAACGAAUAUUAGAAAGAGCGGAAGCUGGCAACUCGUUGCCUGGAAGUUUGAAGCCAUCUUAUUACGAUGAACUCGAACCGACGAAUUCCAAGUUCUCGACGGCCAUUGACCUGUCCAGUCUGGACGCUAGCGAAGAUGACAAGAUUAUGGCAAUGAUGUCCCAAUCCACCCUUGAGUAUGAUCCUUCUAAUUACAUUCGUAUCAGAGGUUCAAAUCAAGUUGGCGAGGUUCCAUUAAAUUAUCGUUGUUACAAGUGCCACCAGCCAGGUCAUUGGAUCAAGGAUUGCUCAUUGAAUGCUUUACAGGAAACUAGCGUGGAAAUAAGAAAGAGUACAGGCAUUCCUCGAAGUUUUAUGGUACCAGUUGAUGGUCCAACAGUGCCAGGCGCCAUGAUGACCCCAACUGGACAAUUCGCUGUUCCACAGCUCGACCAUCAAGCAUACAAGGAAGGCAAGAAGCCGGUUGCACAGACUGACAUGGAAAAGCCGGCGAUUCCUGAAGAUUUGCUGUGCUCACUGUGCAAUGACCUGCUCACCGAUGCUGUCAUGAUACCUUGCUGCGGCAAUUCCUUCUGUGACGAUUGCAUCAGGACAGUUCUGCUGGAAUCUGAGAACCAUCAGUGCCCCGACUGCAAGGAAUGCAGCGUGUCUCCAGACACACUGAUUCCGAACCGGUUUCUGCGCACCAAUGUGAACAACUUUAAGAGUCAGACGGGGUACAGCCGGAGUCAGGCUGCCCCCCUGCAGUCGAGCAAGGAUGCUGCUCCGCCCCCUCAGACUAGCCAACCGACACAACCUGAUCCGUCUUAUCAGGCUAGUGCUGCAACCACGGCGCAAGCUGUUUCUGCCCCUUCAGCUGUUGCAGCUGAAAUCAGCCGACCGCAGUCGUCUUCCCCUAGCACAACGAGUCCGGUCGAAGUCACCACUCCCCCGCCCGCCUCGGGAGGCCAACCCAUCCAGGAAAUCGACUCAAUGCACAUGCGCAGUAGUCACUAUCAUCACCCGAAGGACGACCGGCCUCCUCACGGUCAUUCAUCGCGGUCUCACGAUCACCACCACUCUUCUUCCUCCUCUGCCUCCUCCUCUCAUCACCAACUCCUCCUCCCCACUCCUCAUCCUCCUCCUCGUCCAAUCACCACUUUCCGAUUCCUACCACCAAUUGUGUGCCUCCAGGUGUGUCGCUCGACGAGGUGGUGGUGUCCGGCGAGAUCGCCCUCAAGCCGAGUAUGCGCCCGAUGCCAGAGAUUGCCGAUGGAGGAACGCUCCGGUACACCGACCGUGGAUGAGGGGAGUGGCAUCCCGGGAGUGGUAGGGGGUCAUGUCAUGCCCGACACCAGUCUCCCCCCUCCCAUGCCCGUGCAGACCACCUAUCAGAUACCAUCCUACCCGCCGCCUAUUUACGUUGAUGGAAUGGGAACUAAUAUUGAGGUUGUGUGUUUUAGGAGGCAUGCGGAGUUACAGAGGAGGAUAUUCCAGACCGCCGAGGUCACGUGGCAUGCAUUCUGGUGGAGGAAUCGAAGACCGGUGGCGACUUUCCAGCGCCUGAUGAUGGAGAAAGAGAUGCGAGCGGCGCGACAUCGCCAGCGACAACGCAGCUAUUCGCGAUCGCGGUCGCGCGGCCGCUCUCGAUCAAGGUCGCGCGGCGGCUCCUAUUCGCGCAGUCCGCGACAGUCGCGCUCGCCCAGUCGCAGUCGCUCGGUGUCGCCGCUGCAGUCGCCCACGCCGCGCAGUCGCACGCCGAUGCGUAGUCGCUCGCGAUCCAGGAGUCGCUCUGUUAGUCAGCAUGGUCAUGCGCGGUCUGUCAGGAGUAGAUCGAGAUCACCCGUGCUGCAGCACAAGUUGACGCAUUCAAGGUCACGAUCGCGAACUCCGUCGCGUAUGCGGUCGCGAUCAAGGUCGCGGUCUCGAUCCAGGCAUCGAUCCAAGUCUCCGUCGAUCAUCAAGAAGAAGCGCAAGUCUCGAUCUCGAACGCCCAAGUCUGAUAGCUACUCACUAUCGAUCAGCAGAUCGCGUUCGAGAUCGUUGUCAAGGUCGAUGUCACCCAGAGACAGAGAGAGACACCGCGACAGAGACAAGGAUCAUGAGCGCAAGUUCUCUCCUCACAGACCGGGGAGGCACCGGAGUCGUCCCCACUCCAGGAGUCCUGGCAGAUACUCACGAUAUCCGAAAGACCACGAAGCAAUGCUGUAUCACGAAUCUGAGAUGCGUUAUCGUCGCGGAGGCGGAAGAGGCAGAUUCCAGUCGCUGGUGCGAAAGCCGCCGCCCCCGAGGGGGCAGAUCCCAGGGGGGCCCAUCAACCCCUCCGACCCCGCGUCUUCUUAUUACACUGCGGACAACUACGCUAGUGUCAGGUACGCGGGUGACGCGCGUUUCGACAGCCGCUCCUUCCACCAGCCACCGCCAGCGGUCAUCUUGCCGCGCGGAGAGGGUAUGAGCGGCCAGGGAGGUCGCUUCGGCGGACGCAACAACCGCUACGACGCGCAACCUUUCGACUCCAACCUGACGGAAAUAGCGGCGGCACCCGGAUACCGCGGCGCGGCACCCGGAUAUCCGGACGAGUAUGCGGUGAUCGCAACCGCGUCGGACGCUCGCGCGGCGCGUGACCGCGAACUCUACCCGAACGCGGCGCGCGAUUCGCGCGACUGGCUGCUCGCGAACAGAGAGAGAGAAGGUGAACGAGAUGAACGCUAUGUGUAUCAUACUUCCUCCUCCAAACAUCGGUCACCGAGCAGAGAGCGAGAGAGAGAAAGGGACAGGGAGAGGGAUCGUGAAAGGGAGAAGGACAGAGACAAGGAUAGACACCAUAGAAAAACUACACGGGAGAGCGGUAAGGAGAAUAAACCACAUCAUAGUGAAGAUUCUUCUAGUCACAGAGGUUCAGGGUAUGACUACGAACCUAAAGAGGAACGAGGGCGGGUUUUGUCAGACCACAAGGAUGAACCUGUAGAGAAGGAGAAGAAACGCGAGAAAGACACCGAGGAAUCACCCACCAAAGACAAGAAACGAGACAAGGAGAAGAAAAAGAAGAAGAAGGAUGUAGAUUCGGAUAAGAAGAAGAAAAAGAAGGAGAAGAAAGAGAAGAAGGAGGCGGUUGUGAAGGCAAAGUCUGAGGAAAAGGCGGGGAAGGUUAGUGGGGAAGUGGCGAGUAAAGAUUCACCGGUCGUAGAGAAGGAAACAGAGAAACCAGUGGAGGUGAAUAGACACCAGGAUGCCCUCUAUGGUGACCUGGGUGACACCAGGAUCGAUCAAACAGUGGUGGAGUCGUACGGCAGAGUUGGCAACGAUUUCAAUGCGGUCAUCACCGAGGUGCAGAUACAGGAUGUCGAGGUGGUCCCUCCUGCCACCGAUCAGACCUUGGUCGAGCAUCAGGAGACCCAGGAAGGUGACGUGGAAGUGGUGCAAGUGGAACCAGCCAAGGAUGUGAUGUUGGCACCCGUGCCGGAGCUGUCCAAAUGGGAAUUGGAUGAAGACCAUCAGAGUGGCGAGGAGAGGAGUGGGGGAGAGAGUUCGUCGGGGAAAGGCGACAAAAAUGUUGUGACGUCAGAGGUGUUGAAGAGGGCGGAAAACGUUAUUUUCCAGAAAGCGGUCAACGCUAUCAGAACGUUCGAUACUAAGCGACCUACAGAUAAGGAGAAACCUGAGAAGUCGGAGAAGGUUAAAGAGUCGCCCCCUCAUGUGGAAUCGUCCGUGGCGGGAAUGGAUUCCGCCCGAGAAGCUCGCAAAACCGGUUCAUCCAUUCAAGUCACUAUCCCCAGCACCCAAACCUCCGACAGAACCGUGGAACCCAACAUAGCAAACGCUAUAGAACCGGCGCCAUCCAAGUCUAAACCCGAGAAAACUAAGCAGAUUAGUUCAACUGUUGUUGCCUCCACAUCUCCAGUCCGUGUGUCCGCUAAAGACAGGUUAGGAGCUAAGGUGGACGAUGGUGGUAGACGUACUGUGGUUGAGAGGGUCAGGUUGGUUGAGAGGAAGUCACGAUCCAGGUCCCCGAAAAAGAUGUCCGAAAGGAAGGUGGAACGUAUACACAAGGAGAGAGAGAAGAGUGCUAGUAGGGAGCGUAUUGUUAUUGUGGGGAAUGUGUGGAGCAACAAGGAUAGUAGUAGGCGGGUGCAUGAGGAGUCCUCGCAUAAGGAGAGAGAGAGGGAACGGGAGAGAGCCAAGCUGAAGGAGAGAGAGCGGAGAAGGGAGAGGAGGUCCAGAAGUGCUAGUCCGAGUAAAAUGACACGUAGAGACAGGAAACAUACUACUGAGAAAGCCCCGGUGAGGAAGGUGGUAAAGGAACAUGGUAGUAGAAAGGUGUCGUCUGGUGUGGUAGUUCCUGUGAAGAAGGAGGGGAGCGAUAAGAAGCCUGUGAGGAGGAAUGCUCGACUGGCAAGUGAUAAACGAAAACCUCCCCUGGAUGAAGCCAACUUUGAGCCAGACUAUGACGAGAGUAGUCCCGAAUCCGAGCCUGAAGUCCCCGGUGAAGAGAAGAACCUCCUAGUGAAAAAAUCGGCGUCACCCGCGAAGAAACGUUCCCGCUCUCCCAGUGCUGACAACGUUGACAAGAAAAAACCGAAAUCAGAUGCUGACUCUGAACAGAAACCGGCAGACACAACUAAAGAAUCUGAGAAAACAGUCGUCAAAAAACAGGAAGCAGCAGAAACCAACGAUGGAUCAGACUCUAGUUCGGACAGCAGUUCGGAUUCAUCGGUGGAACUCAAAAAGAAAAAGAAGAAGAAGCGUUCGAAGAAGAAGAAAAAGAAGACGAAGAAGAGGAAGAAGGAUUCGAGCAGUGAGAGCGAUUCGAGUGAUAGCAGUUCGUCGGAAUCGGAAAGUGAGAAGAGUAAAAAGAAGAAACACAAGCAUAAGGCGAAGAAGUCAAAGUCGAUGAAAAAGAAGAAGAAGAGUAAGCACUAAUCGAGUGCUCUUGAGGUCAGAUUUUCGGAUAUACUUGGAGGAUAAAAGGACAUUGGACACUAAUGUAAGAAAUCGAAUGCUUUUUUUGUGAAUAUAGAGGUCAGAUAUUCAAAUUUAAUAUACUUUGGAUAAAAGGACAAUUUACACUAAAAUAUUGAGGAAUAAUUUGGAUGUUCAAUUUUCAACACAUACUGCGUCUGUCAAUGAACAUUUUGUAAAUAUAGAAGUCAGAUUUUCAAAUAUAGUUGGAAUAAAAGGACAUUGGUCACUAAUAUUGAGAAAUAAUUUGGAUGUUCAAUAUUCAACACAUACUGCGAAUGUCAAUGAAAUUUUAACGGUUUCUUGUGAAUGUAGAGGUAAAAUUUCAGAUAUACCUUGAAUAAAGGGACAUUGGACACUAUUGUUGAGAAAUAAUGUUGAGGAAAUGAUUCUAAUAUAAAAUCUCAGACACUUUUUAGGAGAAUCACUUUGAUUAAUACCUCUUUCAGGGAAAUUUCAUAGUGAUUGAUAUUGAAAAAUUAUAAAAAAUAAUUUGGAUGUUCAAUAUUUAACUCAUAUUGCGACUUUCAAUGAACAUUUGAAAGUUUCUUGUGGAUAUAGAGGUCAGGUAUUCAAAUAUACUUGGAGGAUAAAAGGACAUCGGAUACUAAUGCUGAGGACGAAUUUGGAUGUUCAAUAUUCAACACAUAAUUGCGACUUUCGAUGAAUUCUUAAUGGUUUCUUGUAAAUAUAACGGUCAGAUUUUGAAAUAUACUUUGAAUUAAAUAACAUUGAACACUAAUAUUGAGAAAUAGUUUGGAUGUACUGUAUUCAAAAUAUGCUGCGACUGUUAAUAAAUAAUGAGUAUUAAAACCAUAGCUCAUUAUAGUCUGUUUUAACAAAAAUUACCGCAAUUCUCAAUUUAAAGAACGUGAAAUUUGUGAACAGUUUGUAUCAAGUUCUGCUGAUAUUUGAAGUGAAAAGUAGUAAUAACGUUAUUUUUGUAGUUGAAGCUAUCUAUGUUUUAUUAGAACGUUUCCUUGUGAAAAUAACUGUCAAUUUUCUUGGGGUUAA